UUCUGAAGCGAAAGUAAAAUUAAGCGCUAACAGUCUGACGCACAGCGUGACAAGGCUUUUCUUUGGUUUUUAAUCUUUCUUUUAUAAUCAGCACCUAAUAUGCUCCACAGUCUGAAUUCCUAUGAGCCACAGAACGGAGGGUUCUCCUUUGAGAACAGCCGCAGGAAUGCUGUCCUGGAGUCCGGUUUGUCUCAGGCUGGCUACAAAGCUCCUAACGCCAGAAAGACAGGGACCACCAUUGCUGGGGUUGUGUACAAGGAUGGAGUGAUCCUGGGAGCAGAUACCAGAGCUACAGAUGACAUGGUGGUGGCUGACAAGAACUGCAUGAAAAUUCACUACAUCGCUCCAAAAAUCUACUGCUGUGGAGCUGGCGUUGCUGCGGAUGCAGAGGUGACCACACAGAUCAUGGCAUCUAACGUGGAGCUCCACAUGCUCAACACUGGUCGACCACCACUUGUUGCCAUGGUAACCAGACAGCUGAAACAAAUGCUGUUCAGGUACCAGGGUCACGUGGGGUCGUCUCUGAUUGUUGGAGGAGUCGAUGUCACUGGAGCUCAUCUGUACAGUGUUUACCCCCAUGGCUCCUAUGACAAACUGCCUUUCCUCACCAUGGGCUCUGGAGCUGCAGCUGCUGUGUCUGUAUUUGAGGACAGAUUCAAACCAAAUAUGGAGCUGGAAGAGGCGAAGCAGCUAGUACGAGAUGCCAUUGCUGCAGGGAUUUUCUGUGACCUGGGUUCAGGCAGCAACGUGGACUUAUGUAUUAUCACUGAAGCUGGAGUGGAGUAUCUGCGUGGCUAUGACAAACCCACAAUGAAGGGGAAAAGAGAAGGACAGUACAGGUAUAAGCCUGGCACCACCGCCGUCCUCACCAAAACUGUGACCCCCCUCUCCCUGGAUGUGGUUGAUGAAUCUGUUCAGGUUAUGGACACUGAGUGAAAUUCAAAAUAUUUUUGCUGGAAUAAAAUGUGCUCAGCACAAUAGUAUGAAUAAACAAACACUUGUACUUGGUAAA